GCCUUCACCGCCUCCAGCUCGACGUCGGAGCGCGGCGGCGGCAGGAGGGAGCGGCUCUGGUAGAGCGACAUCCACACAGAGUAGCGGGGAGCGAGAGAGAGAGCGAGCGCGCAGCGGAGCGGACGGGUGGAUGACUCAGACAGACAGUCAGAAUGCGUGAAUACAAACUGGUUGUUUUAGGAUCAGGAGGAGUCGGCAAGUCAGCUCUGACUGUCCAGUUUGUUCAGGGAAUCUUCGUGGAGAAAUACGACCCGACGAUAGAGGAUUCCUACAGGAAGCAAGUGGAGGUCGAUGGACAGCAGUGUAUGUUGGAGAUCCUGGACACAGCAGGAACAGAGCAGUUCACGGCGAUGAGAGACCUGUACAUGAAGAACGGUCAGGGUUUCGCUCUGGUUUACUCCAUCACGGCUCAGUCGACCUUCAACGACCUUCAGGACCUCAGAGAGCAGAUCCUCAGAGUGAAGGACACCGAGGACGUCCCCAUGAUCCUGGUUGGAAAUAAGUGCGACCUGGAGGUGGAGCGCGUGGUGGCCAAAGAGUCGGGCAUCGGCCUCGCGCGCCAGUGGAACUCCUGCGCCUUCCUGGAGACCUCGGCCAAGAGCAAGAUCAACGUCAACGAGAUCUUCUAUGACCUCGUGCGACAGAUUAACAGGAAGAGUCCAGUUCCGGGGAAAACCCGCAAAAAGUCCACCUGUCAGCUUCUCUAAUGACAGUUUUCUGCUCACCUGACCGACAAAACAACCAACCAACCAACCAACCAACCAACCAACCAACCAACCAACCGAUCACAGGACAUCUUCCAGCUGGCCACGCCCCUUUAACACAGCCAUGUCAUCGUCAACAUCAGCCACCUCUGACCUCUGUUUCCAUGACGACCGCAUCUCCCAUCCCCUCACCACACUGUCUAACGGAGAAUGUUGCCUUGGAAACAUUAAAACCAAACAUCAAAAGACUGCGGCGGUGGCGGCGACGGCAACGAUGAUGAUGAUGAUGAAGAUGUUGUUGCAGGAA